UUAGUAUAUGAAAUCACUCAUUGUUUUCUUUUCUCUCUCACAGUUCAAACCAAAUUCAAAUAAGAAACAGAAAGAAGACCCUAAGCAGCAGCAGAGUGGUGGUGGUGUAAGGAAAAUCAUCGAAGAACAAAAUGAACAACUGCGACGGAAUUUUAAUCGACGAUUGGAACGACGACAUACUCAACGAGUUAAUCGAAGCUGAAUCCGCUAUCUCUUCGAAAUCCAAAACCCUCACCACAAACCCUUCUUCAUUUUCAUUCUCUAACCAUCAUCUUCAACCCCAACAACAACAACUUCAAUUACCACAAGUUUCCGAACGCUCUGUUAAUUUCUCACCUCCCCGAGAGCUUUCUCACACUCCUUCGUUUUUGGAUUCUUCCACUCCUAAACCACCUAUCGAUGAUAUGGACAUCGAGAUUGAUCAAUUUAAGCAAAAACAGAGGGAGCCUGGAAGUCCUUCAAAGCAGAUUGCAAAUACGGAAAAGGAGUGCCUCAAGUUAAAGAAAGAAAGAGGCACGAAAGAGGUUCAUCCCAAAUUCACGUCUUCCGAGAAUGAAGAAGAUAAUGGUCGUACUAAAUGUUUGAAAAGCAUAGACAAUGGCAGGGAUAUUGAAAUUCGUGCUCCUGACCAUCCUGAAGCCUCUUCAAAAUUUCAUAAUGGAAGAUCUUCAAACGGUCAAACUGUUGAGACAACUGCUAAAGCUAAAGGGGUAAAAACAGCAAUAGCCAGUCAUCAAGAAGCUGAAGAUCCUCCAAGUGAUGUUCUUUCUUCUUUUCAAGAAGCUAAAAGGGUCGAGACAACUGGUAAACCUAAAGGGGUUGAAACAAAAAUAGUUAGUCGUCAAGAAGCUCAAGAUCCUCCAAGUGUAGAUCUUUUUUCUUAUCUUGACCUCUCCCAGAAGUUGCUUACAGUAUGGAGGUCUCCAAGUGAAAAAUUGCUUGGAAGUGAUGUUAUAUCGAAGUUGUUUGCCAGUUGUCAAAAAGAUAUUCAUAUUCUUUUUGGUAACAUGAGCACGAGUCCGCCUGAAAUAACACGAAAAUUACAUACAGAUGUGAGCUCUUCAAAAGCAUCUUUGCAUUACGUCAAUGGUUGUUUCCAUACUCCCGAAACAACAAAGGUGUCACAUCUCUACCAUGCAUUGACAAAGGUAGCUGAUGGAACAGAUGUGUUGGAAACUUUGAUAGCACCGUUGCUUGAUCUAUGUAAUAUGGAAAAUGUUGCUAUUGUCCAUAGCUCUCUACGCAUACUGUAUACUCUUAUGAAGUUCCUACUGGAAUCGGAAAAGAAUUUUGGAAGAAGGGAUAAUGUCUUCAUUGAUGGAAUUUGCGUUGGGAAGGACCUUUUGGAUUCUGACGGGUUGGACGGUGUGAAGGAUCGAAAGCCUUUCAAUGAAGAGAUGUUAAGCAGAAAAGAAUGCUGGAACUAUCAAAGUGCCUUAAAACCUCAUGUGAAUUGGUCUAGUAUUUUUGACAUUUUGCAUCAAAUUUCUAUGAGAAUCACAGAAGAAAAUGUGAGAGUGGAGGCAGUGUCCAUUAUGAUUUUACUUUUCCUAAGGAGUACUGCUUACUUUGAGAGGGAGCAGUUUAACCAGAACAAAGUUUUUAAAACUAUUUCGGAAUUGCUUAAGAAGGAUGCUGGGCUACAUGUAAAAAAGAAAACUCUGCGACUUCUGUACCUAGUAUUAAAUUGUCCAAAACUGUUGGCCACUUUCUGCUGUGGUUGCAAAGAGGACAGUAGUAGCACUGUGGAUGACAACACAUCUGUGUCAAAUUUCCAAAUUUUCAACAUCAUCCUUCGAGGAUUGGCUGAUUGUGUUGCUUCCCAUGGAGGUGGUUUAGUGGAGUUGAAAAUAAGCAGAGAGGCUAUUAUCGUGCUAGCCUUCCUUGCAUCAUCGGGCCAAUCUGGUUUUGAAACCUUUAUUGCUCACAGGCUUUCUACAAGAGGUGUAAACUAUCUUAUGUCGAUUUUGCAAUUACUGGUAUCCGAGAUGGACUGUGAAUCUGGAUCCCACAAUGAACUGCCAGAAAUUUUUAGAGAGAGGACAUUUCUUAUGCGGGAGAUACUGAUAUUACUUAAUAGACUAGUAUCCAGUCCAUUAUAUUCUGCCACUGUUUUGCGCGGUUUAACAGACACCAGGGAUAUGGCUAGUUUGACAGUUGACAUUACAACCAGAUUGUCACGGAAAGGAAAUGAAAGUGAGCAGCAGGAGGACAGCAUGGUGAAUCAAGUAAGACGAAAUGAAAUUGUUGACCUUGCUCGCCUAUUCAAGAAAAGGGUAUUCACGUAAUUACGAGAUGAGUUGCUCUACCUUGCUCGCCUAUUCAAGAAAAGGGUAUUCACGUAAUUACGAGAUGAAUUGCUACGAAAUCUCUUCAAUUUUUUGUACAUAUAUGCAUGCAUGUAUCAUUCUACUUUGGUAGGAACUGGUGCAUAAAUGGUGAGAUGCAGAUAGGUAACAAAGAUAUGUCAGUCUUUUUGAGAGCCGAAUUCAUCUUCAUUUCUCAAAAGAAAUAGAGUUCUUCAUUAUUAUAGUUUUUAGCCGAUAGAUCUUUCGUAACGAAGAGCUUCAUUUCUUUUGAAAAAUAAUGAGGAUCUCUACCAUUUUUGAAGGAUUGCUUACACGUCAGAUUUGGACUAGUUUUGGAAGUUGCACCUUAGUUGAGGGGAAAUUUUGAUUGGCAUGAUGGAUACAUCUCCAUUCAAUUUUUGUAUAACUGGAAGAAUUUUUCAUGAUUUACUGUAUAAGCAAAUGAUAUCUCAGUGUUUCAAAA